AAUGCGCAGCGCCUAAUCCCGUGCAGACUAGCAAUAGAUAGUGGCAUCGCCUCGCAAUGGCAUCGUCAGACAUCUCUGCUUAGCUUCAGUUGGUCAGCCGAGGCACACCGGCCGCGCGUCGGCGAUGCAGCAGCGCAAGGCACCCAAGGCGUCCGCGGAGGGCGUCACGGAGCAGGAGGCGUCGCCGGCGGCCGUGCUGCCGAGGACCGCCACGGCGCGCGACUUGCUGGAGGCGGAGGAGGCUCCGGACCAGUGCUCCAUGACGCCGCGGAAGAAGAAUAAGAAGAGGCAGACGGGCGCCGGUGAGAGGCGGUGCAGGCCGGUGCUCAACCUGUUGCUCGUCGCCUUCGUCGUGGCGGUGCUGCUGGCGGUCGUCCUUCUUGCCGACGGCGGCCGCGUUCCCGCGGUCUGGAUCGCCGCUGCCAGAGCCCAGCUGCGUCGAGGUUCCGGUCACGCCUGGUUACCGUACGCGAGGAACGCGCCGGACAAACUCCUCGGCGGCCUCCUGGCCGACGGAGUCGACGGCGAAACAUGCCGCAGCAGGCACGAGUCCUCCGCGUACCGACGGAGCACGCCGCGGCGGCCAUCCCCGUACCUCGUCGCGAAGCUGCGACGGCACGAGGAGCUCCAGCGGCGGUGCGGCCCCGGCAGCGACGCGUACAGCCGCGCCGUCCAGCAGCUGAGCGCCGGCAGGAGCGCCGUCGACGCCGAGUGCAAGUACGUCGUCUCCGUCUGCAACCGCGGCCUCGGCAACCGCAUCCUCGCCGCCGCGUCGGCGUUCCUCUACACGCUGCUCACCGACCGCGUCCUCCUCGUCUACCGGGGCAACGGCAUGGGCGACCUCUUCUGCGAGCCGUUCCCCGGCGCGACGUGGCUGCUGCCCCCGGACUUCCCGGUGGCGGGCCUCGCCAACAUCACCGUCGACGCCGCCGAGACCUACGGCAACAUGCUCAAGAACAAGGUGCUCACGGCGGACUCCAAGGAGCCGGUGCAGGUGCCGGCGUUGGCGUACGCCUACCUUGAACACGACUACGGCGACGGCGACAAGAGGUUCUUCUGCGACGACGACCAGCGCCUCAUGUCAAACAUCCAGUGGCUGGUGGCGAGGAUGGACACCUACAGCGUGCCGGGGCUGUUCCAGGUCCCGUCCUUCGCGGAGGAGCUCGCCGCGCUCUUCCCAGAGAGCGACGCCGUGUUCCACCACCUCGGCCGGUACCUCUUCCACCCGGCCGACCACGUCUGGGGCCUCGUCUCGCGGUACUACCGCGCCUACCUCGCGCGGGCGGAGCAGCUGGUGGGCGUCCAGGUGCGCGUCUUCGACAGCGAGCAGGGCAAGUCGCCGCACGUCCUGCGGCAGAUCACGUCGUGCGUGUGGAAGGAGAAGCUGCUCCCGGAGGUCCUCGCCGCCGGUGAGCCGGUCAUCACGCCGGCGACCGGGGGCAUAUCCAGGACCGUCCUGAUCGCCUCGCUGAGGCCGUGGUUCUACGAGCGCAUCAAGAGCAUGUACUGGGAGCAGCCGACGGCGAGCGGCGAGGACGUGGGCGUGCACCAGCCGAGCCACGAGGAGUACCAGCAGUUCGGCCGAAGGUCGCACGACACCAAGGCGUGGGCGGAGAUGUACCUGCUCAGCCUCUGCGACGUGCUCGUCACCUCCGGCUGGUCCACGUUCGGGUACGUCGCGCAGGGGCUCGCUGGCGUCACGCCGUGGGUCAUGUACCGCCCGCUCAACUUCAGCGAGACACCGGACCCGCCCUGCGGCCGCGACGUGUCCAUGGAGCCCUGCUUCCACACGCCGCCCAUGUACGAUUGCAAGCUCAAACACACGGCGGACACCGCGAGGUCGGUGCCCCAUAUCCGGCGAUGCGAGGACGUGAAAUGGGGCUUGAAGCUUGUUGGCCCCAAAUAGUACGUAGUAGGCACUAGUUACACGGUUUCAGAGCCCAAACUCGAUCACAAGUAGUAAAAUUCUUCUCCAAUCCAGACAUGCAUGUAUUCAGAUCUUUAUUAUAAUAUACUACCUCUGUUCCGAAAUACUUGUAGUUGAAAAAACUUGUAUCAAUUUUCCCUAACUACAAGUAUUUUGAUACCGAGAGAGUAUAUGAAAAAAGCAACAAUAUUCAUAAAUUUCAAAACGAGCACUUAAGAUGCCUACAGAGUUCU